AUGCUGCCAUCGCCCGAGGCCGCUGAGCCACCUUUCGAAAAAGAGCUCACGCCGUCACCAGUCUCGCUCCUCAUGCUCAAAUCGCCAUCUUUGUUCAUCGCCGCAGUCAGCCAAUUGAUUUGGUCUCUUGAUUUCUACACCGUCUUAUCAGUCAUCGGAUGCUUUUUUGUCUGCAGUCUCUACCUCUUGCAUAUCAUUGCUCUCUGCUACGCGUGAGUUUCUUUUUAAAUUUGCUAAUGCCAAGGUGAAGAAAAACAAAUUGCAACUCAACUUGUUUCAGAAAGAAUCAUCUCUACCAGCCUACAAAACAGGACAAAAACCUACCUGGCGUCUCUGUCAUCAAACCGAUAAUUGGAAAUGACGAGAACCUCCGUGAGAAUGUGGAAUCCUUCUUCAAGACCGAGUAUCACAAAUUCGAACUGCUUUUCUGUUUCAACAACAGCAAAGAUCCUGCAGUGGAGGUGGUGAAGUCCCUUUGUGAAAUGUACCCGAAAGUGUCCACUCGAUUUUUUUACAGUAAGUUUAAUAAUAUUUCAUUAGGCUCAAAAGUGUGCGAUUAAAGAAGGCGAGAAAGUUGGCUUGAACCCAAAAAUCAACAACAUGAUGCCAGCGUAUAGAGCUGCCAAGUCUCCGCUAAUCAUGAUCAGUGACAGUGCGAUUUUCAUCAGACCUGACGGAAUUUUGAAUAUGGCAAAAACUAUGAUGAGUCAUAAAAAGAUGGCGUUGGUCACUCAGACCCCAUAUUGUAAGAAUCGGAAGGGUUUCGCUGCCGCUUUCGAACAGGUAAGUCUGCAAUUUUUGUUUGUUUUCUUACCUUGCACUUCCGGAAUGGGGUCUAUGUGAUUCGAAAGAGAAUUUCAUAAAGAAUCCGAAUCAAAGCAGCUGGGUGGGCGAGUGGGUAAUUGGUUAGAGUUAUAAGCGGUAGGUGUGCACGAUUUUUGCGUCACAUAUGUAGGUCCCAUCCAAAAAAUCAAAGGUUAGUUUAGACUCUGCGUUGCCAAACAAUUUCACAUUUAGAUGUACUUUGGAACCGCUCACGGCAGGAUUUAUCUGGCUGGAAACUGUAUGCAAUUCGUGUGCCCGACUGGAAUGUCAUCGAUGAUCAAGAAGUCAGCCCUUGAGGAGUGCGGCGGGUUCGCUGCUUUCAGUAACUAUCUUGCUGAGGACUAUUUCUUCGGCAGAGAACUUGCCAACCGUGGCUACAAAUCCGGAAUCUCUACUCAUCCGGCUCUACAAAACUCUGGGGAAGUGACAAUGGAAACGUUCAUGGACAGAAUUAGCAGAUGGGUCAAACUGAGGGCCGCUAUGCUUCCUCAUAUCAUGCUGGUUGAGCCGAUUCAAGUAGGUUGCAAAUUUACUUUACUUUUUUGUUCAUAUUCUCACAAUUCUCAAUUCUUUUGAAGAUUAUAAAGAAAGUGUUAUUUCAGGAUUGUUUCCCAUCCGGAAUCGUCAUGUCGAUGUCUCUCCACUACCUAUUCGGCCUCUCUUUCUGGCUCACCUACCCCGCGCAUUGCUUAUUCUGGAUCAACAUGGAUUUCUCGCUCAUGUCCUGCAUCUGGGUCAGUUUGAUUUGUCAACUGUUUGACACAGUAAAGCUUUUGGAAAAUGAGCUUUGGAAAAGAAUUCAGUACAUUUUCAGGACUACAAAAUGCGGUACGACUCUCUCCACUUCACCCGAAUCUGGUUGUAUCGUGAACUGCUUGCUCCGCUGGUUUUCUUCAAAGCAAUAAUGGAACCAAAUAUCCGUUGGCGCAACAACAUUUUCACUCUCGCCUGGGGCGGAAAGAUACUCCGCCAAGAAAAUGUUCCAAACUGA